AUGGCUGCUCACGGAGAGGGCCGCGCAGGCGACGUCGUCGACACCACUAUGCCGCCGUCGCCACCCGCUCUGCCCGUUUCAGCGUCUGAUACACCGUCUGCACCGUCUGGACCAUCUGCACCGUCCGAAGUCGUGUUCCCGCGCCCGGCCCCCUCGUCCCACCACCCCUCGUCCUCCGCCCAACCCCUCGACGAAACACUCCGCCCACUGCCCAGUCCUCGCAACGGCCGCUCGUUCAGUCUCGCCCAUCUCUCGGGCCCCAUUAAGCGCAAGCCGCUGUCGUCGACUGCCUCACCUGCCGCUGUCCGCUUCUCCAAGGGCGCGGCCGUGUAUGCCGAUAUCCUCGCCGACCUGCCCCGCCCCGAGCAGCGCUUUGCCCGCUCGUGCUCGCUCGACAGUCCGACUCUGUACGAGUUUCCCGGGGAGCGUAGUCCGUUACCAACGACUAGCUCAUCAGCUCUCGUGUCCGACUACUUUGCGCAGGCUACCGUCCCGCCAUCCGUCGCCACGGGACACGACGCGGCGUGUUUGCGAAACACUGCGGGAAUCAACCCUGCAGCGCCUCAAACACAUCCCGCGCGCCCCCAAGAGGACGAGAGUCCGAGCGUGGCCGAGACCGUUGAAACCGCCAGCCAGUCCUCUUUUCAAGAAGAGGCAGAGGAAGACGGCGACGAAGAGGAAGAAGGGGGUGACCCGUACGAGCUGGACGACUUGUACUCCGUGUCUGACUCGCGGACAUCGGACGACGGGCUGGAGAGUCGGGGCACUCCAAGGGAGGACGACGAAGACGACGACGACAAACGUUCCACCAUAAUCGAUCCCAACGCGAGGACCAUGUCCAUGUUCUCUCGCAAAUCCCCUCCACCACAACUCAAACUUGCGCCCACCAACACGCGAGAUGAACCCCCAAGCGCGGCCACGGAUUCAGCAUCGGCUUUGGCAUCGUCCUCAUCACUAGAACAAACGUCAUCCAAACUGAGCGCCUUCUUCGGCUGGGCCACCUCGCCAGAAGCCACCGUUGCGACCGAAUUCUCCGACAAGGACUACUCGCCCAUUCCCUCGCCCUCAUCACCCAAGCAAGCGGCGGCUGUGAUCGGGUCGUACGACGACGCUCCGCUCAGCGCGCCCAGGGAUCGGUCGUUUUCUCAUGCCACAGAGCAGGACUCCCUGCAAUAUUGCGAGUCCUACCUUCAGACACCCGCAGACCCCCCAUCAUCACUCGGUCAGCUCGAGGAGAUGGAGGACGAACUGAAGGCCAUCAGCGUCGAGCUGGCCUCGUCCAUUCGGCGUGAGAUGGACCUGGAGGAUCUAGUAGACAGGCUACAGGAACAAGUCAGCAAUCCACAGGCGCCUGGGAAACGGACGAGUGACUACUUCUCCGACUCGGGCUACAGCUCGGCCAAGUUCAGCGACUACGACCAGGCCAAGGAGGAGAUCUCCCAGAUCCAGCGGCGGGCCGAACAGGAGAAGGCCCAGAUCCGGCUAGAACUCACCAACAAGCUCCAAGACGAGCGCUCCAAGCGCCGGGAGCUGGACCAGCAAAUACAGGAACUAUCCAAGAAGGCAUCUGAGUUUGAUGUGGCUCAGAUCGACACCAGUGAUGCCACCAACCGGGUCCAGGAGCUGGAGAGCGCAUGCGAGGAGCUUAGCCGGAAGUUGUCGGUGGAGCGCAAUGCCAAAACCGACCUUGAAGGUCUCCUUCGCUCGGUCCAGGGAGAGCUCCAGACGGCUGCGAACGAGCGGGACAACCUGCGCGAUGAGGUCGUCCCACAGCUGCGCUCCCGGCUCGAGGGCCUGGAGGCUGAAGCAGCCGACCAAGCACGGUCUGCAUACGACGCAUCUAAGAUGCAGCAGGAGUUGCAAAACCUCAAGUCAGAAAACGCAGAAUUGCAAAUGCUCCGAUCCGAAAACGCCGAGCUGCGCAUGCUGGGGUCGCGCGAUGUCGCCGAGCACAAGCAGACCACUGUGGCGCGCAUGUCGAUGGGCUUGUCGAGGUCGGCGUCCGUCACGGGCGGUCCAUUACGGCACAAGCGCCCGCAGUCCAUCUCGCGGUCCGCAUCUACCCGCGUCAAUGAACCCCGCGAUGUCCUGGCCGAGCGGCUCAAGGAUGUCGAAGCGCAGCGGGACGCCCUCCACAGCGCGCUUAAGAGCCUGCUUGAGAGGCAAGAGAUCCAGAACCGCGAGAAUGCCAAGAGGAUACACCACCUCGAGAUGGAGCGCGACCGUCUGCUCACGGCCUCGCCCAAGAAGGUCGGGUACGAGCGGGAGGUGUCCAACCUCCGCGAGGAGAUUGCCGUGCUGCGCCGGCGGGCAGAAGAGGCCAUUGAGCAAAAGUGGCAGGUCGAGAAGGGUCUGGCCGGGCUAAAGAUGGAUCUGGACCGUGCCGAGGGCGAGAUCGCUUCCCUGCGCGGGCUCCUGAAGGAGAACGAUAUCCUCAUCCCAGAGGCCUUCGCUCGCCCGGGCAGCAGCCACAGCGAGGAGGGCAACGACACGCCCGUGAGCUCGCAGACCCUCGAGAAGGCGUACCACGACCUACAACGCGCCUACAUGGACGCCAUCGAUCGCAUCAAGGCCCUCGAGGAAAAUACCCGCCCCGACGAGAAAACCCAACUCGCCAUCGAACGCCUCGAACAAUCCCUCGCGGCCACCGUCUCAGACCGCGACAGCGCCCGUGCCGACGCCAGCGCCUACCUCGACCAAAUCGACAACCUCCAAGCCCUCGAAAAGCAGCACCUCGACACCGAAAACGACCUCGCCAGCCAACUACACGAGUCCGCCCGCCGCGUGGAAGAGCUCGCCCAACAAGUCCGCGCCCAGCUCGACGCCAACGCCACCCUCCGCACGCGCCUAGCCGACACCAUCGCCCGCGGCGACGCCGAGCAGCGCGUCAGCACCGAGCGCAUCGCGGGCAUGCAAUCCCGCCUGCGCACCCUCGAGGAACAGGUCGAGGCGGCCCAGAGCGCGGCCGAAGAGCGCAUCGCCCGCCACGAGGACGAGGUCAGCGAGCUCAAGGACGCCCACUCUGACCAACUACAACGUCUGCGCGAUGCCAUGGGCGGCCGCGGCCCCCGGCGCGGCUCCGGCCAGCCGCGCGUGUUCCCAGGCAAGUCGCCGCUUUCCCCGAUGUUCAUCAACCUCAAGCCGCAGACCACCCUUCCCCCACGCAAAUCAUCCCUAUCCCCAUCCUCCCACGAAAACGAGGACGACGACCCCACGAGCCCGCGCCCCACCAUCCGUCGCGCGGCCACCGCCCCCGUCGAUAUGAUCUCGCAGGUGUCGACGCUGCAGUCCCGCGUGUCGGAGCUGGAGGGCGCGCUGGCGUCGGCGGAUGCGGAGAUGCAGGAGGUUGUGGGGCGGAUGAAUACGGCGCAAAUUGAGGUGUUGAGGUUGCAGGAGGCAAGGGAGGAGGCGGUGCGGGAGACGAGGCGGCUGCAGAGGGUGUUAGAGGAGGAGAGGAUGGCAGUUAGGGGGUUUGAGGGACGGUGGAGGGCUGUUACGGGGGCGUAG